AUGACUUCCCGUGUCACAGUUCAACAGGUUAUGGGCCGCACUUCGGCUUAUAUUAAUCUUACUUCCUCUGAAAAACUCACUCCUCUCAACUAUCAUGUCUGGGCUACCAAAAUUCUUUUGGGUCUUCGUGCUAUGAAUAAUGGUGUCCACCUUUAUGUCGAAGCUGGUACUGUCAAUCCAGCUGCCAAUGAAUCCCUCGAAGACCUCACCGCCUCGCUUGAUACCGUCGUCCAUGAUGUCAUCCUCAACAAUAUUUCUCCUGAGUUGAUCGAACAUGUUAAUGAUGUGGCCAUUAGAGGCCGUGACCUCUGGCUUUAUCUUCAUCAGGAGUAUAGUCAACUUCAACCCGCCGAUGUCAUCUCUCUUAUGAAAUCCCUCUAUGCUGGCAAUAUUGAUGUUGGUCCAAAGUUUGUUUCUUCUGUUCGCUCUUAUGUUGCUACGUGGCGUUCCAUCUACCAAUCAUUGUCGCCUGAUUCGGUUGUGGCCUUCAACGCUUUGGCCUCAAUGGGUCCCAACUGUGAGCGCUUCAUCCAGUAUGCCUUGGAGCACCGCUUUGAUAGUAACAACAAUACUGACAACCUUGAUAUCAAUAACUUUAUCCGGAACACUGAUAAAUGGGCCAAGUUGUUGAAGAUUACUGGACCCCUGCUACUCUUUCGACUGAAGCGUUCGCGUGGUCAUACUUCCAACAAUUGUCAUGUCUCUUGGGAAGAGGUUCAGGCUGCUCGCCAAGAUAAUAAGGAUGACAAGGAAUCUAAAGAGGCUAAAACCUCAAGAGGUUGGUUUGCUGAGACUAUUGAUGAAUUUUCUGAGAUAGUUGAUGAUGAUCCAUUUGUGAGUUCCGCUUUUGUGUCCGAGACAUCUGUUGUUUCUGAAAAGUUUGGUAACAGUUGCUCCGAGUCGUUUGAUGAUUUGGAAUCCGAACUUUUUGAUUCUUCUGAGCCGUGUGUCGGCGAUGAAGAUUGUUUUGUUGGUCAAGUUUCUGAGUAUUGUUCAAACUCAGGACUUGAUAUUGAUUCAGUUGGUUCCACUGAUGAUUCUUGUUUUAAUUCUGAACCGUAUGUCGGUUCUACUGUUGUUUGUUUGGAGUCUGAACCGUGUGUCAGUUCAGCUCCUAUUUGUUUUGAUUCUGAAUCGUUGGUCGAUUCGGAUGUUGUUUCUUUUGAUUCUGAACCGUUGGUCGUCCAUCAUGUUUUUGUUGCUGAAUCUACUACUUCUGCUGAGGCCAACUUAGUUGUUGGGUCUGAUUCUUUUGACUUUAUCCAUGAUACUGGUGCUACCAGUCACAUUUGCAAUAACAUCUCAUAUUUUUCUUCUCUUCGUCCCACUUCGGCUACCAUUCGUGGUCUUGGUUCUGCUACUGCUGAGGGGGUUGGCGACAUUGUCGUUGAUCUUCUUGGUAAAGAUGACCAGCCUUGUGACCGCGUUGUUCUUCGAGAUGUUUUAUAUGUUCCUAAGAUUCCUCGCAAUUUAUUUGCUGCUCGUCGAGCUACUGCUGGUGGUUGUAGGUUCAUUCAAGACCUUAACCAUAUUUCUGCUGUUGAAAAUGGCAAAACUCGAGUCCACGCCAUUGCCAUGGGUGACUUGUACUUUUGUCGUUUCCGAGUUGUUUUGCCUUCCAAGCCAGUCCAUGAGGUGUUUGCUGUUGAGUCGUCUGCCAAUCUUUGGCACAAGCGACUUGGUCACGCCAGUGUGGACGUUCUCAAGAAAUUAUCUAAGUCACUUUCUGUCAAGCCUACUCAUUUUGAGGUUGUGGAUAGUCAUAAGUGUGACGCUUGCUUGGGUGGCAAAGCCACAGCAUUGCCAUUUAAUGGUACCACAGAAAAAGCUAGUCGUCCUUUGGAGUUAUUUGUUUCUGAUUUAAGCGGUCCUCAUGUCGCUACCCCUGUGGGUCAUCGUUAUGUCUUAACCAUUAUGGAUUAUUAUUCCAGGUACUCUUAUGUGGAGUUGUUGGUUAGGAAAAGUGAUGCAAGUCUUGCCAUUCGUAACUUUAUUGCUAGGUGUGAAUCUUAUUUUUCUGGUGAUUCUGCUGGUGAUCGAGUUGCAUAUUUUCAUUCUGAUAAUGGCGGCGAAUACAUUUCCAAAGACCUGGAGCAGUUCUUUGUGUCUAAGGGUAUCAAGCAUACUUAUACAGUUCCUCAUACUCCUCAACAAAAUGGUGUUGCUGAGCGAUUGAAUCGCACAUUAUUUGAGAAAGCCAAGUCUAUGCUUUUAUAUGCUCAUGCUCCUGAGUAUUUAUGGGGUGAAGCUGUCAAGUCUGCUAAUUAUAUUAGGAACCGUCUUCCUAGUCGUACCACUGGUGGUGUUGCACCUCUUCAACUUUGGACUGGUAAACCUCCUAGUUAUCAUCAUAUGAAAGUAUUUGGUUGUCAAGCUACAGUUGUUCUUCCUGGUGCUAAAAGAGAAUCUAAGUUAAGUUCAAAUACUGAAGCUGGUGUUUUUGUUGGGUAUUCUUUGGAUCGUACAGCUUAUCGAGUUCUUCUUGAUUCAAGCAUUGUUGAAGCCAGGAGUGUUUACUUUGAUGAGUCCAAGUUUCCAUUUAUGAAAAGUGAUAAGGACUUGUCUAUUAAUGCUACUGGUGUUGGGUUUAGUGUUGGUUCUGGUUCAGGGUCCAUGUCAGGACCUUGUUUUGAUUCUAAGGGGACUGGUUUAGGAUCUAAUGUUAGGGUUAAUUCUAUUGCUAGUUCUGAUUUAAGUUCUGGUUCUAGUUUUGGGUCUCAUAGAUCUUUACCAGCAUCCUCAUCUGGUUCUGGUUCUGGUUCUAUUUGUGCUUUACCGUCUCCGUCUCCGUCUUCUUCUCCGUCUCAUUCUCCGUCGCCGCCUCCUUCUUCUUCUUCUUCUUCUAUUAUUGUUCAUAAGCCUCGUUCUGUUCGUCGCAUUUUGUCUACACCUUCUGCUCCUCUUGAGUCUCCUACUCUUCCUUCUAUUGCUUCUGUUCCAUCUCUUCCUAGUUCUCCUAUUCUUCCACCUUCAGAUCAUGAUGUCUCUAUCUCUCCUGACUCUAGUCCUAUUAUUUCUUCUUCGGAAUAUAUUCCUUCACAAUUAGACUUAUCUGAAACUGGUCCAUCUAUUAAUGAAUCUGAUAUUUCAGGUGAUUCUGGGAUCUCGCAACGAGGGGGUGAUAUUGGGUUUCAACCGUCUAUCAUUGCUUCGUCUCCCACUCCACCACCUUCUGUUGAAUUGGAAGUAGUGCCACUUAGUCAAGAAUCUCCUUCGUCUGAUCUUGUUAAUUCUCUUGACCAAGCUGGUGUUAGUGUUGUCACUAAGGAUGAUACUCAAGCUGUUUUGCCUAAAUCUCGAUCUCGUGUUGUUGCUGUUCGUUUACCUUCUAUAACUCCUGCCAAACGCCCGAGUUCUGAUGACAUUGUUUCACCUCCUUCUAAACACCUUUGUGAAAAUUCUUUGAAACAAUCUCCAGUGUCUGCAACACCUGCAAAACGUCCAGCUGAAGAAGAGUGUAUUUCUUAUCGUCGUCUCAAAUCUCUCCGCUUUGAGUAUGAUGAUGUGGCUUUACUUGUUUUUACAGAUCCUAGUAGUUUUGAAGAAGCUAUGUCUAGUGAAGAAGCUGAGUUUUGGCUUGAAGCCUGUGUUAUUGAAAUGUCGUCUCUUAAACGCAAUGGUACUUGGGAAUUGGUUGAUCUCCCACCUGGUCGCAAGGCUAUCAAUAGCAAAUGGGUGUUUAAAGUUAAGCGCAAAGCUGACGGUUCAAUUGAACGUUACAAAGCUCGUCUCGUGUGUAUUGGAUUUUCGCAAGUUGAAGGUAUUGAUUAUACUGAAACUUUUGCUCCCGUUGUUCGUUACGAGACUGUGAGGAUUGUUCUUGCUAUUGCUGCUCAGUUUGGGUUCCAGGUUCAUCAUAUGGAUGUCGAGACUGCAUUUCUUAAUGGCCAGGAAUCUAAAGUGUGUCAUUUGAAGAAGUCUUUAUAUGGUUUAAAGCAAGCUCCUUUGUGUUGGAAUGAGAAGAUUCAUGGUGCUCUUGUCAAACUUGGGUUUAUUCGUAAUGAAAGUGACUACGGUGUGUAUACCAAAGGAUCUGGGUCUACCAUGGUCAUUAUUGCACUGUAUGUUGAUGAUUUACUUAUUUCUGGCAAUUCUUCUGAAGUCAUUGCCAAAACCAAGUCUUCUUUGUCAUCUAUGUUUAAGAUGAAAGACUUGGGCCCAGUCGAGCAGUUCCUUGGCAUGAGAGUUAAGCAGUCACCUUACCAUAUUACUAAUUGUUCAAGUGUCAAGACUCCUUUACCCACUCGUGAUCUUUCUGAUUUUUCCGAGUCUGACUCUGCUACCGAUGCCUCCAUGUAUCGCAGUAUUAUUGGUAAGCUGAUUUAUGCUGCUAAUUGUGCUCGUCCUGAUCUUGCUGUUGCUGUUAGCUUUCUUUGUCGAUAUAUGCAGAAUCCUAAGUCUAUUCAUAUGGAAGCUGCUAAGCAUACUCUUCGUUAUCUUAAGGGUACUGCUGAACUUGGUCUUGAAUAUCGAGCUCAGAAAGUCUACAAGCUUGUUGGCUAUAGUGAUGCCGACUAUGCACAGGACAAGCAGGACCGUAAGUCCUUUACUGGGUAUGUUUUUAUUCUGUCUGGUGGUCCCAUUACUUGGGCUUGCCGAAAGCAAGUUAGUCCUGCAUCGUCCAGCGUCGAGUCUGAGUAUAUGUCAUUGUCUGAUGCGUCUAAGGAAUGCUUCUGGAUUAAUCAGUUGUUGUCCCUUUGCAAGAUUCCUAUUCCGUUGCCAGUGACUAUGUUUGAGGACAAUCAGGGAUGUAUUGCUUUGGCUCAGAACCCAGUGUUUCAUCGUCGCACCAAGCAUAUUGAUGUUCGUUAUCAUGUUGUGCGUCACUAUAUUCGCAGUGGAGUGAUUCAUCUGGAGUAUCUUGAUACUCAAGUGAUGUUGGCAGAUAUGUUUACUAAGAAUCUUGGUCGUGUGAAGUUUGAGACAUUAAGGGGACUACUUGGUAUGAAGGCAGUAGGUGAUUCUGCGACAAGGGGAGGUGUUGAGCAUGCAAUGUUGUCGCAGACUAGUGCAGUUGAUAAUGCACGUGAGUUUGGGUGGGAAACUAUGGUUGACAAUCUAUGUUUAUUUUAG